AUGGAUUCUAGGAGAAAUAAAAUUAUUAAGAUUAUCUCGCAAGAACAAGAAGAAGAUGAACCAUUUUUCCUUUUGGUUCCCGCUUUAUAUGCUUCCCUUUAUGAGGAAAAGCAUCCAGUUCACGCAUCAUCUUUAUCCGGGGCUACAAAGGUUAAGGAAAUAUUAGAAGGAAACGAGAGUUGGUCUAGGGUUGAGUUUCGGAUGGAACCUGAGAUUUUCAAUUCUAUCGUGGAUUACCUUAGAAGAGAGAAUCUAUUGAAGGGCACGUCGCGUGUUGCUAUCGAGGAGCAGUUGGCAAUGUUCAUGUACAUGAUUUCGCACAAUGCUAGUAAUCAAGAUCUACAAAAAUACUUCCAACACAGCGCAGAAACAAUUCAUAGGAAGAUAAACAGGAUUUUUGACUUAAUUCCAACUCUAGCCCAAAGAUUUAUAAAGAUUCCAAGUUCACUCCAGCCCCACCCGAAGAUUGUUUCAAACAACCGUUAUUGGCCUUAUUUCCAGGUGAACCACUACAGACACAUCUCCAUAUCAAUGGAAUUUUUUGAACUUCUCCACAUAGAUUUCUAA